AUGGCUGUCCGGGCCGCCCUCCUGCUUCUGCUGGCCCUCUGGGGCUGCUGCGGCCUCUCCUCCUCCUUCCAGCAUCACCUGGUGCAGCUGAGCUCUCGGCGCAGCGCCUGCAAGCCGGUGCCCAGCAGCAUGGCCCUGUGCCACGGCGUGGGCUACAGCGAGAUGCGCCUGCCCAACCUGCUGGGCCACGACACCAUGAAGGAGGCCCUGCAGCAGGCGGCCUCCUGGGUGCCCCUCCUGACCAAGCGGUGCCACCGGGAGACCAAGAAGUUCCUCUGUUCCCUCUUCGCCCCCGUCUGCAUCAGCCAGAUGGACGAGCCCAUCUUCCCCUGCCAGUCUCUCUGCCAGGCCGUCCGGGACAGCUGCCUGCCCGUGAUGGCCGCCUUCGGCUUCCCUUGGCCCGAAAUGCUCAACUGCAGCCGGUUUCCUGGGGGCAACGAGCUCUGCAUCCCCCCGGUGGGUCCCAAUGGCCAAGAACAGCCCCCCCGAGAAGAUGCCGUAUGCACAGCCUGCCUUGAUUCUGGAGCGAGCGAGAAGGAUUUCUUGGAGAAAAUCUGCAACCAGGAUUUUGCUCUAAAGAUGACCAUCAAAUCCUUGUCCGGCGUUGGGGGCGACCUGAAAGUCAUCCCAGAGCUCCGUGGCCGGACGCUUUACAAGCAGGCCAACUGGUCCGAAGACGAGCGGAAGAAGCCGGUCCUGUGGCUGGUGGACGGCGAGGCCUGCUCCUGCGAAGAGCUGGCAGGGGGGCCGGGCACGGUGGUGCUGGCCAUGGGCCACCGUCUCAGCAACCGCCUGGUCCUCUCCUGGGUCAGGAGGUGGAAACACGGGGAGAAAGAGCUGAAGAGGUUCUCCAGGGCGGUGCGGAAGCUGCAGUGUUAG